AUGGGUCGUUUGGAGGUGCUGCUUGUGGAGAACUUUAAGUCGUGGCGGGGCCGCCAGGUCAUAGGCCCCUUCAGGAGGUUCACCUGCAUCAUUGGCCCCAACGGCUCCGGAAAAUCUAAUGUAAUGGAUGCACUUAGUUUUGUAAUGGGAGAAAAAAUAGCUAAUUUAAGAGUGAAAACUAUUCAAGAACUUAUUCAUGGAGCACAUAUUGGAAAGCCUGUUUCUUCUUCUGCAAGUGUAAAAAUUGUAUACGUGGAAGAAAGUGGAGAAGAGAAAACAUUUGCAAGGACUAUCCGAGGGGGAUGCUCAGAAUAUUGUUUUAAUGAUAGUCCUGUGAGUCGUUCUGCUUAUAUCACAGAGUUAGAAAAGAUAGGCAUAAUAGUCAAAGCACGGAACUGUCUAGUUUUUCAGGGAACUGUGGAGUCAAUUUCACUGAAAAAACCCAAAGAAAGAACGCAGUUUUUUGAGGAAAUCAGCACUUCAGGAGAGCUUAUAGGAGAAUAUGAGGAAAAGAAAAGAAAGUUACAGAAAGCCGAAGAAGAUGCACAGUUUAAUUUUAAUAAGAAAAAAAAUGUAGCUGCAGAGCGUAAACAUGCAAAAUUAGAGAAGGAAGAGGCAGAACGUUACCAGAGUCUCCUUGAAGAACUGAAAAAAAGCAAGAUACAACUGCAGCUUUUCCAACUGUAUCACAAUGAGAAAAAAAUUUCUUUUCUAAACAGUGAGUUAGAGCGUGUGAAUAAGGAUUUGAGUGUCACAAAAGAGUCUCUUUCUAGUCAUGAAAACACAGUUAAAGCCAAGAAGAAGGAACAUGGAAUGUUAAGCAGACAACUGCAACAAACAGAAAAAGAAUUAAAAUCUCUUGAAGCACUUUUAAAUCAGAAGAGGCCUCAAUACAUUAAAGCUAAAGAAAACACUUCUCACCACCUCAAGAAGUUAGAUGUGGCUAAGAAAUCAAUAAAGGACAGUGAAAAACAAUGUUCUAAACAGGAAGAUGACAUAAAGGCCUUAGAGACAGAGCUGGUUGAUUUAGAUGGUGCAUGGAGAAGUUUUGAAAAGCAGAUUGAGGAAGAAAUUUUACGUAAAGGGCGAGACAUUGAACUAGAAGCCAGUCAGCUGGAUCAAUACAAAGAACUUAAGGAACAAGUAAGAAAGAAAGUGGCUAUAAUGACCCAACAAUUGGAAAAGCUGCAGUGGGAACAAAAGGCUGAUGAAGAAAGACUGGCAUUUGAAAAGAGGAGGCAUGGGGAAGCUCAGGGAAAUCUAAAACAAAUAAAAGAACAAAUAGAAGAUCAUAAAAAGCGAAUAGAGAAGUUGGAGGAGUAUAUAAAAACAUGCAUGAAUUUCUUGAAAGAGAAAAAACAGCAAGAGGAAACCCUAGUGGAUGAAAUUGAAAAGACAAAAUCAAGAAUGUCUGAAGUUAAUGAAGAGCUGAAUCUUAUUAGAAGUGAACUGCAGAAUGCUGGAAUUGAUAACCAUGAGGGAAAACGUCAGCAAAAGAGAGCAGAGGUUCUGGAACACCUUAAAAGACUUCACCCAGAUUCUGUGUUUGGAAGACUGCUUGACCUGUGUCAUCCUAUACAUAAGAAAUACCAGCUGGCUGUUACUAAACUUCUUGGUCGGUACAUGUUUGCCAUUGUUGUAGCCUCUGAAAAGGUAGCAAAAGAUUGUAUUCGAUUUCUGAAGGAGGAAAGAGCUGAACCUGAGACAUUCCUUGCUUUAGAUUACCUUGAUAUCAAACCAAUCAAUGAAAGAUUACGGGAGAUUAAAGGCUGUAAAAUGGCGAUUGAUGUCAUAAAGACUCAGUUUCCUCAGCUGAAGAAAGUAAUUCAGUUUGUGUGUGGAAAUGGCCUUGUCUGUGAGACUGUGGAAGAAGCAAGGCAUAUUGCCUUCAAUGGACCUGAAAGACGGAAAACAGUAGCUCUUGAUGGAACGUUAUUUUUAAAAUCUGGAGUCAUCUCUGGAGGGUCAAGUGACUUAAAAUACAAGGCUAGAUGCUGGGAUGAGAAAGAAUUAAAGAAUUUAAGAGACAGGAGAACUCAGCUAAUCCAAGAAUUAAAGGAUUUAAUGAAGACACUUCGCAAGGAAGCAGAUUUGAAACAAAUACAGACUCUAGUACAAGGAACUCAUACACGACUCAAAUAUUCGCAAAGUGAACUAGAAAUAAUUAAAAAGAAGCACCUUGCUGCUUUUUACCAGGAACAAUCUCAGCUACAAAGUGAACUGCUAAAUAUUGAGUCUCAAUGUACUAUGUUGAGUGAAGGAAUCAAACAACGGCAACGAAGAAUUGAGGAAUUUGAAGGAAAGAUACAUAAGGUUGAAGAUGAUAUUUUUCAACACUUCUGUGAAGAAAUUGGUGUAGAAAACAUUCGUGAAUAUGAGAACAGACAUGUUAAACAGCAACAAGAAAUUGAUCAAAAAAGAUUAGAAUUUGAGAAACAAAAUACUCGGCUUAAUGUUCAACUUGAAUAUAGUCGCAAUCAGCUGAAGAAAAAACUGAAUAAGAUUAACACAUUAAAAGAAACUAUCCAGAAAGGUAGAGAAGACAUCGAUAACCUAAAGAAGGCUGAAGAAAAUUGUCUGAAAAUUGUGGAUGAACUCAUGGAGAAACGGCAGCAACUUAAGGACACAGUUGUCACUCAGAUUACCAACACUGAGAAAGUCCAAGCUCAAAUUGAAGAGGAACGGAAGAAGUUUUUGGCAGUUGAUAGGGAAGUGGGAAAAUGGCAAAAAAAAGUUGUAAUCCUUCAAACUUCUCUGGAACAGAAGCGGUUAGAGAAACAUAACAUGUUGCUUGAUUGCAAAGUUCAAGACAUUGAAAUAAUUCUUUUGUUGGGGUCACUGGAUGACAUCAUUGAAGUGGAGUUGGGACCUGAAGCAGAAAGUACCCAGGCAACAAUGGAUAUAUAUGAAAAAGAAGCCGCCAUUGAGAUAGACUACAGCUCUCUAAGAGAGGAUUUGAAGGCUCUACAAUCUGAUAAAGAAAUUGAGGCCCACCUUGGACUCCUACGGCAACAAGUAGCAUCCCAGGAAGAUGUCCUGCUGAGGACAGCAGCCCCAAACCUCAGAGCCCCGGAGAACCUAAAGACUGUCAGAGACAAGUUUCAGGAGUACACAGACGCUUUUGAGGCCAGCAGAAAGGAAGCCAGAAUACGUAGGCAAGAGUUUGAACAGGUGAAAAAAAGGAGAUACAAUCUUUUCAGCCAAUGUUUUGAGCACGUCUCAGUCGCAAUUGAUCAGAUCUACAAGAAGCUCUGCAGAAACAACAGUGCCCAAGUAUCGAGUUAUAUCAAAGAGCAGACUCAGGACCAGUUUCAGAUGAUAAUCAUUUCCCUAAAAGAGGAGUUAUAUUGCAAAGCUGAUGCACUGAUAGGCAUCUAUCCAGAGCAUGAUGACUGCAUGUUCAGCCGAGUUUUGACCCUAGAUCUGUCUCAGUAUCCAGAUACUGAAGACAAGAGAAAGCAGCAGGAGGCCCGUUAGGACGCAGAAUGCCCCUGUGCUGUAAGAGCAGAGUCACGCAGCGCCCAGGCUAGUCACUGUUCUCACUCUGCCGUUCAACCCCACAGCACUCUUGAGUGACAGACUUCUGGAGCAAAAGCUAGACAGCCUGUGUGUCACUUAUGAAAAAGCUUAAUUGCUACCAGGCAAAGAUGCUGUAGCUCACUUCCAUUAAGGAGUGCCCAGGCCCCA